AUGGACCGAUCGAAAGCGCUAAUUGCCACGACGUUGCUGGUCCUGGGGGCCACCGCUCACGGCCACGGCGACCAUGGCCAUCAUGGUGACCAUGAUGACCACAUGGAAUGCGGCAUUAUUGAAGACAAGGAAGACUACGACCAAACAUUGCACAUCGCCGCCGUCUUCAUCGUGUUCGCACUGUCCAUCUUGGGCAGUUUGCUCCCCGUCGUGAGCUCGUACGUGUCGUGCCUGCGCAACAGCCGCGCCGCGAUCGCCAUGCUCAACUCGUUUGGGUUUGGGGUCGUGAUUGCGACGGCAUUCAUCCACAUGAUCCCGUCCGCCAUGGACACGCUCGGGAACCCGUGCAUUGACAUCGGCUACGGCGGCCUCGCGAUGGUGAUCGUGGUCGGGACGGUGUUUGCCAUGCAAUUCUUCGAAGGCGUGGCGGUCGGGACGUCGGCCGUGUCGGCGUUCUCCAACUUCCGCACGUCCUUGUUGACUGCGAUCGCGUAUUCGCUGACGACGCCGUUGGGCAUUGCCGUUGGGAUCGCCAUCCACAGCUCGUACAGCGAAACGUCGACGGCGUCGCUGUGGGUCCGCGGCGUGCUGGACUCGGUGGCGGGCGGCAUCUUGGUCUACACGGGGAUCGUCGAGCUGCUCACGUACCAGUACACGAUCAACAGCGAGUUUCACAGCAAGUCGGGGGGUACGCGAUCGCUCAACUACAUGUGCUUGUGGCUCGGUGCGGCCGCCAUGGCCAUCGUCGGGGCAUGGGCUUAA